AGGGAGGAUGGUGGGCAGUGGAGCGGAGGGUGUCAGAUGAAGAUGGGGUGACUCUUGCGGAGUGUUAUAUGAGGUAUCCGAGCCCUGGAGGCACCAGGAACUGCCGACAGACCACAGAUCCUGGGGUCCUCUGGGGUCCGGUGAAGGGCGGGGAAACCGGCCCACAACAGCACAGGCGAGACCCAGUGCGCAUGCCCGGGUCUGGGUGCCUUUCCAUCGUCGCUCGCGUACAGCGUGUGCAACGCGUUCUGGGUGCCGAGCUGCGCACAUCGCGUCUCACCAUCUGGGCUGUUUCUACUUGGCUGCGAUCUCCUGUGUGAAACAUGAGUGCACGAGUGAGAUCAAGAUCUAGAGGAAGGGGAGAUGGUCAAGAGUCUUCCAAUCUGGUUGAACCUGUGGUUACCCCGAAACCAGGUGGCAAAAAAGCUGAACAAGAGGAACCACCAACUGAGAAUCUGGACUUCGAAUCUGGACAAGAGAAAGAAGAAGGAACAUCUGUGGUUCAAGGUUCAAGCCAGGAAGUGGGUCUGGAAAAGACUGGGGAUGAGCGUGGAGAUGGCCCUGAUGUGAAAGGGAAGAUUCCACCUAAUCCAGAGCCUGCUAAAAUUCCGGAAGCAGGUGAUGGACAAUAAUAAGUUAAAAAGAAGAGAAGCUGAAGCCAUGCAUGCUGUCAUUAUCUUGAUAAUUUAGCUUGUUAGAUUCUCUCAAUAAAGAUUUAGUUUUCUUGGGGCGUCAUGCA